UCCCUCAGAAAAGCGAAUCAAGACAGCAACGCAUCACGCUGCGAGAGGUUUUCAGCGAAUUUAUAAUAAAGCGACCCAAAGGAGAAAUAUUGAUACAAAACAAAGCUUAGCUAAAAGAAAAACCGAAAACAUAUUAUCCUUGAUGUAUCCAGUCUCCGAUAUCAGAGCAAAACACGCUAGGAGGUUUGAUACAAUUGACUGGCAACUGGAUACAUAGCAGUUUGGUUGUGUUUCUAUUGGCAACUGUAGUAACCAAAGAAGCCUCCUCCAAGUUUACACGCUUCUCAGACUAUAACCAAGAGGUUUGCACAUUGGCGGUAGCUGAAGUCAGUGGGAGGAAAAAAGGACGUCUGCCAUUGGCAGGGAAGCUCGAGCAGUCUUGUCAAACCUGCCUUCCCAUUGGCUGCUGCCUGACGGAGAAUCAAGCCUUGCAUUCUCGGAGCUAGAGAGACUCAGUGCGUGAGUGUGGUUCAGAGAGGCAGCUACAGGAAGGAUGCCUUCUUCAGGGAAGUAGUGCAACCUCUUCAUCCUGUCUGCAUUAGCCUUUGGUAUGGCAUAGAACGUACACAGAGUCAAAGUCUUAUGGUUCUGGAGAAGCACCAUGGCCUCACCAAGACACUUUGGAAGGUCCCCAAAGGAUAUUGCAAAUGUGAUGCAAAAAUUGCAAGAUGAACAGGAAGCAGUACAGAAAAGAACUUUCACCAAAUGGAUCAAUUCCCAUUUGGCAAAGCGGAACCCACCAAUGGUAGUGAAUGACCUGUUUGAAGACAUUAAAGAUGGGGUGAUGCUUCUUGCCCUGCUUGAGGUUCUGUCUGGGCAGAAACUACCCUGCGAGCAAGGUCGGCAGCUGAAGAGAAUCCACUGGGUUUCCAACAUAGGCACUGCUCUCAAGUUCCUGGAGGGCAGGAGGUCUGUUUACAGAGGAUCUCCGAUCAAGCUGGUCAACAUUAACGCAACUGACAUUGUCGAUGGAAGGCCAUCCAUUGUGCUUGGAUUGAUGUGGACCAUCAUUCUCUAUUUCCAGAUAGAGGAGCUGACCAGCAAUUUGACCUUACUGCAGUCCCUGUCCAGUAGCACCUCAUCAGUGGAAAGCCUGGCCAGCUCUGAGACUGCUAGCCCGCCCAUGAAAAGGAAGGUUGUUACCAAAUUCCAAGGCAAUGCCAAGAAGGCCCUUUUGAAAUGGGUGCAGUACACAGCAGCAAAGCGUUUGGGAGUUGAAGUGAAGGACUUUGGGAGGAGCUGGCGCAGUGGAGCUGCCUUCUAUUCGGUCAUCUCUGCCAUUCGCCCUGACCUGGUAGACAUGGACAGAGUGAGUAGGAGAACCAACAGGGAGAAUCUGGAGGAAGCCUUUGCCAUCGCUGAGAAUGAACUGGGUAUCCCUCGCCUUCUUGAUCCGGAAGAUGUUGAUGUUGACAAGCCAGACGAGAAGUCCAUCAUGACAUAUGUUGCUCAGUUCUUAAAACACUACCCAGAUCCCCACAACACUGAAACUGAUGGGCAAGAGGAAGAGAAGGAGGACCGUCGGGUGCUGAGGGAGCUGAGGGUCUGGCUGGAGCAGUUCGAGAGAGACCUCGUCCGAGGCCAGGGGGUGGAGGGGAGCCUGCAGGACAAAUACAAGUCAUUUAAGAGUUUCCGGGUGCAAUACGAGAUGAAGAAGAAGCAGGUGGAGGGGGCACUUCAGCCGCUGCAGAGAGAUGGCAAGCUGUCGUCAGAGCAGGCUGUGGUGAAGCAGGCUUGGGAAAGACUGUCAUCCAGGCUGCUGGAGUGGCAUGUUCAUCUGGACAAGUCUCUGCCUGGCUCCCUGGGCGUGAUCGGCGCUUGGCUGCACAGAGCAGAGGUAGCCCUGCGAGAGGACAUCGCCAUCCAGCAGGCCCACGAGGAAACAGCCAAUGUGAUCCAUAGGAAACUGGAACAGCACAAGGACAUGCUGAACAGUCUAGAGGGACACAAGCUGACUUUCCAACAGAUCCACCGAGAUGGCUCUGUUAACGGAGUCCUCAUCCCCAUGGAGCAGCUUGAAGACAUGGCAGAGAGAUUAAAUUAUGUGUCCACAACAUCUCAAGCCCAUCUAAUCAAACUAGAAUUCUGGGAAAUGAAGUAUCGCCUGCUGGCAUUUUUAAUGCUGGCAGAAUCCAAGCUGAAGUCCUGGAUCAUCAAAUAUGGCAGAAAAGAAUCAGUGGAGCUUCUUUUACAGAACUAUGUUUCAUUUAUUGAAGGACAUAAGUUCUUUGAACAAUAUGAGAUGACCUACCAAACUCUGAAACAGACAGCUGAAUUAUAUGUAAAAUCAGAUGGUUCAGGGUUUAGGAUCAGUAGGAGAGCUGAAGAAGGGGAAGGGGUGAGUAAGUUCUUGAGCGACACAACGGCCCAGUGGAGGAACUUGUCUGUAGAGGUGCGAAGUGUGCGGAGCAUGCUGGAGGAGGUGAUCUCCAACUGGGAGAAGUACAGCAGCACAGUGGCAGGCUUGCAGGCCUGGCUGGAGGAUGCGGAGAAAGUGCUGAACCAGCCUGAAAAUGCCAAACGGGAGUUCUUCAGGAACUUGCCUCACUGGAUCCAGCAGCACACGGCCAUGAACGAUGCAGGCAACUUUCUCAUCGAAACCUGCGAUGAAACAGUCUCCCGGGACCUGAAACAGCAGCUGCUGCUGCUUAAUGGAAGAUGGAGAGAGCUAUUUGUUAAAGUCAAACAAUAUGCAAGAGCUGAUGAAGUGGACAAAUUGAGGAAAGAAUACCAGGAUGGAAUGUCUGCUCUGAAAUCAUUUGUCGACACUGCGAAUGAAAAAAUGACGGCCCCUGUCCAAGUGUCAUUUUUGAAUGUGAGGACUUUUGUGCAAGAUAUUGAGGACGUGAAGCAGAAGGUGCCAGUCAUGGAAGCCCAGUAUAAAGCGGCUACCAGGAAUGCUCAGCUGCUCACCAAGGACACUCCUGAGGAGGAGGCCAACCAGAUGCUCGGAGCAAUGGGAACGAUCAAGGAGCAGCUAAGCAAGAUAAGAGAGCGAUACUUGCCUUUGCUGCGUGAGUCACAGUCCUUGCUAUCUCCUCUGGAGGAAACAGAGAAGCAGAUAACCAGUUUCUAUCAGUCUCUGGAGAAGGCCAGCCACAUCACUGCUGGCAGAGACUCUGAAGCCUCUGGGGACUUCAAGCAGAAGUGUCAGGAGUUACUUAUUUGCCAACAAAACUGCAAGAAAUCUUUAGCACUGAUUGAGAAGAACAACCAAGCUAUUCAGAGGACCCUGGCCAGCAGCAAGACCCUGCGGCAGUUCGAUAAGGCUCUUCUUCAAAAGAGGGUAACUGAGCUGCAGGCCACUUCCCAGGCCAUGGUGAAGGAGGCUGGGGAGUGGAGGAGACACGCUGAAGCCAACAGUAGCCUGAUGAAGAGAUUUGAGGAGUCCAGGAUUGAGCUGGAGAAGGUUCUCAAGAUUGCUCAGUCAUCUUUGACAGAAAGAGGAAAUCCAGAAGAAUUGCUCAAGAAACACACCGACUUCUUUGGGCAGCUUGACCAGAGGGUCUUGAAUACAUUCCUAAAGGCCUGUGAUGAGCUCACUGAUAUUCUGCCAGAACAGGAACAGCAGAGCCUGCAGGAAACUGUGCGGAAACUUCACAAACAAUGGAAGGAUCUGCAAGCCGAAGCACCCUAUCAUUUGCUGCAUCUGAAGAUUGAGGUGGAGAAGAGCCGUUUGCAGUUGUCUCUGGAGGAGUGUAGCUCUGAGCUGGCUCGGGAGAAUAAAGCCCUCCCCACGGCCGGCAGCGAGAGGCUCAUCCGGGAGCACAGGGCUUUCUUCAGGGAGAAGGGACCGCAGCAGUUGAGUGAGAAGAGACUCCAGCUGAUCGAGGAGCUCUGCCAGAAGCUUCCGGAAGGGGACCCAGCCCGCAGUGCUGUAGGGUUCUCCAAGAGGGCCCUCGCUGACCUCAAAACUCAGAUCGACAGCACCCACCAGAAACUGCUUCAGCAUCCAGACAAAUGGAAGGAGUUCAACUCCAGAUUCUCAGAGCUCUCAGCCUGGCUUUCAGCAAAGGAAAGUCAACUGAGAUUGCUGCGUAAUAGAGCCAGUGACCCAAGCAAGUAUGGGCAAGUGAAAACGACAAUAGAGGAGCUACGGCACGAUGCCGAGGAACAGGAGAGCAAUCUGAGCUGGCUGAAGUCACGUCUCGACACGCUGAUUGAGGUCUGUAUGGAGAGUGAGGCGAAGAGGCAGUCCGGAGCACUGACUAAGCUUUCCAAUGACUUCAGGGCUCUCCUCACGUCACUCACCGAAUCUGAGAAGGUGGUGUCUGCAGUGGGAGACUGCGUCCAGUUCAAACAGGAGGUUAAGAACGCUCUGGAGGAGCUUUUUCAAGGGCAGAAAGAGGCCCAGGCUGAAGCUUACAAAAUUCUGGACUCAGACAAUGUGAGGGAGGCACAGCAGCUGCUUCUCCUUCACCAGCAACAGCUAAAGAGGUUGCGGGCAAAAAAGAAGGAUGUGCAACAGCAGAUUGCCCGGGGACAGCAGCUGCAGACUGAGGAAGGUCUUGCCAGCUCCCUGCAUCCAGACUUGCAGGAGCUGGAGAGCACCCUGAAGAAAAUGGAGCACACCAUGGAGACACAGGAGCAGAGCCUGCAGGCAACUCUGUGUGAGUGGCAGCAGUUUGAGGGGGAGCGUGAGGCGGUGGAGGAGUUUGUGAGCAGGGCCAGCUGCGCCCUUGAGCCAGGCCUCACCUUCAGCAGCCUGGAGAGCCUGUCAUCCGAGCUGGAACAAACCCGGGAGCUGUCCAGACAGAGUGAGGUACAGGCAGCAAAAGUGGAGACCCUGCUGAAGGGAUCUAGUGAAAUACAGCUGGGGCCCAAAAAUCAGAUCCGUCUCCAGGAGCAAGCCAGGGCCAUCUAUGAACAAGUUAGCAGAGUGGAGAGUGGCCUCAAGAAAGGUGUUUCACAACUGGAAACAAUGAAAAUGAAAUGGGAGCAAUUUGGCAAUGAUUUUGAGGCCUUUUCAGUGUGGAUCACUGAAAAGGAGAAAGAGCUCGAUACCAUCAGUUCCUCCUCCCUUCUGCUUGAACAGCAGAUCAGCAAAGUCAAGGCUGUGAGACAGGAACUGGAGGAGAGGGCCACUGUCCUGCCCACGCUGGAGACUGAGUCUCAAGCUCUGAGCCAGUUUGUGUCUCAAGGCGAAGCUGCCCGUAUCAAGGCCAGGCUGGCUCAGAUCGGCAGAUAUUGGGAGGAGCUGAAAGAGCACACAGAGACCCUGGAGGCCAUGCUGCAGGAGAGUGUUUCCCAGCAGCAGAGGUUUCACCACAGCCUCUCACAGGUCCAACAAACCUUGAAAGACCACAAAACCAAACUGGAUAGCCCAAUCACAUCUUGUUCAUCAUCAACAGAGACGUACAAAGUGCUCCAGGAGCACAUGGAUGUGAUCCAGGCUCUGGAGCAGCUCAAGGGCACUGUGGCAUCACUGUUGGCUGGGGCCCGCAGGCUCAGUGACCGAGAGCAGGCAGAGCAGGAGGUGGAAGCCCUGCAGCAGCAGUAUGAAGAGGGGCUUCAACAAGCCAAGGACAAGCAGACCCAGUUGGAAACCCUCUUGUCUCUGUGGCAAAAGUAUGAAAAAGAAAGAUCUAGCUUUCAGUCCUGGCUAGAGCGAUGUGAAACAAUUUCUAAAACUGAUUCCCAGUAUUUGUCAGCCGAAAAAUCCAAACUUCAAUCUGAACUACAAGCUUUGCAGGAGUUACAGUCUGAGGUUUCAUCCCAUGAAUUAAUCUACAAGAGCAUUAGGGGUCUGGCCUCGUCUCUACACCCCUCUGCAGCACAAAACAGAGUCAAAGAGUUGUCUGAGGAACUGGACCAGCUUGAGAAGAGUUGGUGCUGUCAGAAGGAGGCCAUACCACUCAGGAUGCAGAUUCUUCACUCACACAUGACUCAAAUUGAGCAGUAUGAUGAGGCCUUGCUCCAGUUCUCUAACUGGAUUGAACAGCUCCUCAGUGGACUCAAGGAAACCUCGGAUGUGAAGGCAAACGAUUUGAGGCCUGCACAGACUGAAAAUAAGGAAAAGUCAGCUGCAAUUCAGAAACAAGCCUUUGAGAAAGAGGACCUUCAGCAACAGCUAGAUAAUCUGUGUGCCUCCUGUGACCCAGGGGAGCACCAGCUACUUCAGGGCAGGAAGGAAGAUUGCUUCCAGCUCUUCAGAGAAGCCCAGCAGAUCCUGGAGCGGAGACAAGAGUGCCUGGAGAAGCUAGAGGCUUUUCUGGACACCCACAGAGUAGCUGCCAACAUGCUACAGAGUCUGAAGCAGACAGUGGAGAAUGCCAGCAACUGGGACAAAGGCAAGACGGAUUCACUACAGCAGGAGCUGAGGGACAUCGUCCCCGAUAUCAACAAGCUGGAAAAGCUGGCCGUCAGUUUGGACGGUGGCCUCAGCAAGGCUCAUUACCACCUGUGUGAGGGCUCAUCAGAGCAGCGGACCUCCUGCAGAGCCCUGGCUGAUGUCCUCAUUGCCGAACUGGAGUUGGUGCAGAACCUCCUGGGAACAAAGCAGAGUGAGGCUGAAGCCUUGGAAACUCUCUGGAGUGCCUUCAGCGAACGCAAGGAGCAGCUGCUGAGGAGCAUUGAGGACACUGAGGAAAAAGCUGACCAUCAGGGGCUGAAAGAGCCCAGUCUCCUGGCUCUACAGCAAAGGUUGAGGUUUUUUAAUGAAUUGGAGGAUGAGCUGAAUUCCCACCAUCAUGAGGGCCAGUGGUUGAAAGAUAAAGCGAAACAGCUGGCUCAGAAGGAUUCUGGACUAGCUACUGAAGCACUCAAGGAAAUUAGUCUGAUAGAAGCAACAUGGGAAGAUACGAAGAGACUCAUUAGUGACAAUCAGGAGCAGUGUAAUGUGCUGGUGGAUCUCAUGAGGGAAUACCAAAGCAUGAAGUCCUCCAUCAACAAGAUAGUGGAGAGAGCUGAAAAUGUGUCCGACAUCAAAUCUGCACUGAAGGACCAGGAGGACAUCAGGAGAGUUCUGUCGAAGCACGAAGCUGCAAAGGCGGAGAUGACUGGAAGCCAAGAGGAGCUGGAUGAAUUCACCUUGAAAGGAAAACAUCUCUUGAAUGAGCUGAAGAAGAUCCCAGACUGUGACACUCUAGUUGUGAGGAAGGACAUGGAAGCCAUUGUGGAUCAGUGGCUUGAUGUGUCAGAGAGAAUAGAUGAAAACAUCGAACGGCUCAGUUUGAGUGUGGCUCUGUGGGAGGAGGUGCUUGGUAUUAAUGAAGAGAUUGAAUCCUGGUCCAACAGCUCUGUCACUGAGCUCAGCAACCAAAUGAGCAACCUCAGCAGCAGCCAGAGACUGGAGGAGCGGCUCAUGGAGUUUCAGACCGAGGUUGAGAAUAAGGAGCAGAAGCUGAAGACCUUGACUGUAAAAGUGUCUGAGCUGAAGCAACACAUCAAGAGUGAAGAACCUCCCACAGAACUACAGGUUCUUGAAGCUGAUCUAAGGAAAAAGAUUGGUCAUGCCCAGGAGAUAUCUGAGCAAGCAAAGGGGACACUGAGAGACUUCAACUCACAGAAGCAGAGGCUGGAGGAAUUCAUUUCGCAAAUGACAGACUGGCUGAGGAAAGUUGAACUGUCUCUGUCAUCCACUCCACACAGCUCUGACCUCGAGGGCAUUAGAAAAGUCAAGGAUAUCCAGAAAGAACUUCAGAACCAGCAAAGCAGUAUCGACUCAACUCGGGAGAAUCUCAACACUUUGUGCAGGAAGUAUCCCUCCAGUGAACUGGAGAGGCUGGGAUGUGCCCUAACUGAGCUCAUCAAGAAAUACGAGGCAGCAAAUCAGCUCUCCACUAAGACUCUCUCCAGCCUGCAGGACAAACUCCAGCGGCACUUCAAUGAUCUCGUUCGGGAGUUUCACGGUUGGCUUUCCAGUCUGAAGGCAGGUGUUAAAGACUGCUCUGACAGAGCUGGGGACAGGAAUGUAAUGGACAAUAAGCUGCAGAAACUAAAGGACGCUCUGAGCCGUGUUGGUGAAGGAGAGACGAAGCUGACCCUGGUGUGCGAGGAAGGGGAGAAGCUCCUGCUGCAUUUGCCCAAAGCCAGCGCAGGACACGUCCAGCAGCAGCUGUCCUCCAGCCAGCAGGACUGGGACAGCUUUGUGGAGCAGUGCAGGCAGAACCAGCAGGCGCUUGAGGAGAGCACAGCUCAGCUCGCAGGAUUCGAGAACCGGCUGAAGAAGCUGAGCUCAUGGCUGGAGAAGAUGGAAGAGAGUCUCAGCUCCAAGAUGCUGGGAGAGCUGAAGCAAAACAUUCCUGAGAAGAAGGCCGAGCUGGAGAAGGUGGAAGAAUUUAACAAUAAGUUGCUCAAAGAGAGAGACUCCUUUGAGAGGCUGUGCCUGGAGUCUCAGGGCCUGAGUGAGUCUGGCCGUGGGGAUGGAAUGGAGGUUCGCAUCACCACCCAGCUGCAGACAGACUACCAGAACCUGCUGAAAGGAGUAAAGGAUCAGCUGCGCAGCUGCCAGGCAGUUUUGCAGGAACACCUGGCCUUUGAAGAGACCCUCCAGAACACCUGGACCUGGCUCAGAGGGGUACAGGACAGGCUGGCAGCUGUUAACACCUCCAUUGGCAGUAAAGACACUCUGGAGAAGAGGCUCCUGCAUGUACAGGAAAUCCUGCUGAUGAAGGGUGAAGGCGAGGUGAAGUUGAACAUGGCCAUUGGGAAAGGGGAACAGACAAUGAAGAGCAGCAAUGAAGAAGGGCAGGAAGUGAUCCGCUCUCAGCUUCAGAGCCUGAAGGAUGCAUGGGCCAAUGUCAUCAUGACCUCUAUGAGCUGCCACAGCCGCUUGGAGUGGACCGUGGCUCAAUGGAGCAGCUUCCUGGAGAGUGAGAGCCAGCUGCAGCAGUGGAUGGAGUCUGUGGAGCAGGAGGUGGGGGUCCCCCUGCCGCCGCAGCCCGGGCUCAAGGAGAAAGCUGCCCAGCUGGACCGCUUUCGCGCCAUCCUGGCUGAUGUGGAGGAGCACUCCGCUGCCCUGAGCCGCCUCGCUGAGAAGGCUGCGGAGCUGUGCGAGAAAACCGGCGAUGCCUCCUUCAGGGAGGAAGCACAGGCAGAGCUGAAGACGCAGUUUGGGGACAUCACAGCAGUCGUCAGGGGUAAAGUGAAAAACAUGGAAGAAAUUGUUGAAGAGCACGAGCUCUAUAUGGAAGCUGUGAGAGAAUUCUCUGACUGGCUGCAUUCAGCCAAGGAAGAGCUCCAGCGCUGGUCAGACAUGUCUGGGGAUUUUGCUUCAUUACAGAAAAAACUAAACAGAGUUCGGGAACUGAUUGAUUCCAGGCCGAGUGGCAGAGGGAGGCUGAGCCGAGCGCAGCAGCGGGCUGCAGCGGCGAGGGAGCACACAGCUGGCAGCGGCUGCGAGCUGAUAGACGGGGAGGAGGGGGCCCUGCUUUGUGCCUGGGAGCAGUGGGAGGGGAGCGCGCUGCAGACCCGCGAAAACCUGGAGAACGCCCUGAGUCAGAUGGCCAGCUCCGAGCAGGAGUUCGCUGCCCAGGCUGCCCAGCUGGAGCAGGACUUGCAGGAGUUUGGGAAUCAUCUCAAGGACUGGAACCAAAAACUGAGCCAACUGGAGGGGAAAAACAGCAGUGAGGACGCGAUACAGGGGUGGCAGAUUGCUAAGGAAACACUGGACAGUCUGAUGAAAGCAGAGCCCAUGUCAGACAGCCUGAAGACUCAGUUAAAUGAUCUCUGUCGAUUCUCUAGAGACCUCAGUUCACAGUCGGAGAAAGUGUCUGCAUUGAUUAAAGUGUACAACAGUCUCAGCCUCCAGGCCUCUAAGGAAUGUCAGAACAAGGAGAAGCUGCUGGACCAGAGAUUCCGCACUGCUUUUCGAGACUUCCAGCAGUGGCUGGUCAAUGCCAAAAUCAACACUGCGAAGUGCUUUGACGUCCCGCAGAAUAUUAACGAGGCAUCCACAGGCUUGCUGAAGAUACAGGAAUUCUUGAAUGACAGAGAGCAUGGCCAAUCCAAGCUAAAUGCUGUUAUAAUCAAUGGAGAGCUACUGAGCAGGAUUGUAACCAAAGAUAAAGUAGACACCAUUCAAGCCAAAGUGACCAGUGCCAGGGAUGACUGGAAGACCCUGAUGUCAAAUCUGCACCAGAGAGAGACUGCAUUGCAGAGUCUUCAGUCGCAGAUGAAAGAUUUUGAGGCCAGUGCAGAGCCUCUCCAGCAGUGGCUGAAUGGCACUGAAACUGCAGUGCAGGAGAGCAGCACCCGUCUACACGACCUGCCCACCAAGAAGCAGGAGCUCCACAAGCUGCAGUCCGUCCUUGAGGAAAUAGCCUCUCAGGAAUUUCAGCUGAACAGGCUGAAAGAAAAGGCACAGCUGCUGUGGGAAGGACAAGCCACCGGCAAAAGCUUUAUGCACCGAGUCUCUCAGUUGUCAGCACAGUAUCUAGCUUUAAGCAACUUGACCAAGGAGAAGGUCUCCCGAAUUGACAGGAUUGUCACCGAGCACCAGCUCUUCUCUCAGGGGCUGAAAGAGCUGCAGAACUGGGUGGCAGAUGUCAAUGAAAUGCUGCAAAUGUACUGCACCCCUACUGCAGACAAAAACGUUUUGGACAGCAGGAUGGUCAAACUGGAGGCACUGCUGGCUGCUCGCCAGGAGAAGGAGAUCCAGCUGAAGAUGCUGAUCACCAGAGGGGAGUCAGUGCAGAGGAACACCUCUCCAGAAGGGGUUCCAGUCGUCCGGAAGCAGAUCCAGGAUCUGAAGGACUCCUGGGACUCCCUUCUCUCAGCUUCCAUUCAGUGCAAGAGCCAGCUGGAAGGAGCCCUGUCCCAGUGGACGAGUUACCAGGACGACGUGCGGCAGUUUGUCAGUUGGAUGGAGCGUGUGGAGGAGGGCCUGGGCAGCGCUGACAAGCAGUAUUCUGAGAUGAGGGACAAGACAGCCAAUCUGGGCAAGGCCAAGCUCGUGCAUGAAGAAGUGCUGAGUCACAGCAGCCUCCUGGAGACCAUUGCCAUGAAGGGCUCCAGCAUGGCUGAGCAUUAUGUAACCCAGCUUGAGAUCCAGGACCUGCAGGAACGCUACAGCACUGUUAAGGACAAGGCCAAGGCAGCUGUGGCCAAGGCUGAGGAGCUGGUGCUGGCGCACCAGGAGUACCAGCGUGGCCUGCACAUGUUUGAGGACUGGCUGGAGCAGGAGCAGGAGCGCCUGGGCCGCUACUCCCAGCUGGAGGGCGAUGUGGACACUCUGGAGAACACCCUGCGGGAACUGCAGAAGCUGCAAGUGCGCUGCACUGAGGGCCAGGUACUGCUGAACUCGGUACUGAGCAGUCGGGAGCAGGUGAUCCCCUGGGGAGUCCCACAGAUCGAAGACCGCGCCCUGGAGACAGCGCAGCAGGAGUGGCAGGUGUAUCAGACCCAGCUUGGGGACAGCAGGGCCCAACUCAACAGCACACUUGCCAAGCUGAGGCAAAUGGAGCAGAAGUUCCAGCACCUGGACGAGUGGCUGAAGGGCAUGGAGAGCAAGGGCAAUAUGCGCAGCGAUAGGCACUCGGACAAGGCCACCAAAGAAGCACAGCUGCAGCUGCUGAAGAACUGGCAUGAGGAGACACUGCUGUACAAAGACGAGGUGGAAGGGCUCAGCGCUCUGGCCCAGCAGGUUCUGGAGGAGACCCACAUCAGCAGCAGAGUGAGCUCUCGAGCCACACAGCUCACUGCCCGCUACCAGGCAGUGCUGCUCCACCUGCAGGAGACAAUAAAGCAGCUUGAAGAGGAAAUCAGAAGUAUUGAAGAGGCCAGGAAUGUCUUCACCUCCUUCACAGACUGGCUCAGCAAUGCGCAGAAGAACUUCAGGGCUGUGGCUGUUGGCAUUAAAGUGGUUGACCGUGUUGCCAUGGAGAGCAAGAUGAAGAAACUUGAGUCUCUCCAGAGUGACAUGGAGCUGGGGCACAGCUUCCUGAAGGCCACGCGGGAGAAGACGGAGAAAGCUGUGGCCUUCCUGGAGGAGUCGGAGGCUGGGCACCUGAGGGGGGAGGUAGACGCCCAGCUGUCACGUUUGGAGGGGCUUGUGGGAGCCCUGCGUGCAGAAUACAGUACCCUAGAGAAGUGCAUGCUCCUAUCUAAGGAGUUCCUGGACAAGUACAAGGCCCAAACGCAGUGGGUAAUGGAGACCCGAUCUCUGCUGCACUCGUCUGUCGAGCCCAAAGCCGAGCUCUACGAGAAGAAGGCCCAGUUAGCAAAGUACAAGACUAUCCUACAGACGGUCCUGUCCCACGAGUCCUCGGUGAGAUCUGUGAUUGAGAAAGGAGAAGCCCUUCUCGAAACUGUUCCCGAUCCUUCUAUCAGAGACAACAUGGUGCGACUAAAUGAGGAUUUCCAGCAGCUGUGUACCGCAGCCAGGACACACGUGCAGACUCUGGCUGGGCGAGUGAAGGAGCAUGAAGCCUACAACACCGAGCUGCAGGAGGUGGAAAAAUGGCUGCUGCAAAUGUCCAGCAGGCUGGUGGCCUCAGACACCACGCAGAGCAGAAACCUGGAGAUGGCAACCCAACAGCUGGCUAGACACAAGGCAAUAAUGGAGGAGAUUGCUGGUUUUGAGGAAUGUCUAACAAGUCUGAAGGAGAAGGGAGAUAACCUUGUUGCCAGCUGCACGGAGCAUCUUCAAGGAAAGAUCAAACAGCCGAUUCAAGCCCAGCAGCAGGGGACGAGAGACAGCUACUCUGCCAUCUGCAGCACGGCCCAGCGUGUGUACCAGAGCCUUGACCGAGAGCUUCAGAAGCACGUCAGUCACCAGGACACGCUGCAGCAGGUCGAGAUGUGGCUGUCCACUGUCCAUGAAGAGCUACGGCUGCACUCCCAGCCCCCUUUCAGUCUGCAGGAAUCACUGAAACAGAUGAAACACUACAGAGCACUACAGGAACAGGCCAGCACUUAUCUGGACCUUGUCUGCUCAGUGUGUGACCUGUCAGAUGAAGCCGUGCAAAACGCUGCAAGAGAAAUUCAAACCAUAAAACAAAUGAUAGAGGAAAGGAUGUUGAAAACUCAAGAACUGGCCCAAAGCUGGGAGGAAAUCAAGCAGCAAAAGUCAGAGCUAAUGAGCCAUUUCCAGGAUCUAGAGCAGCAGCUCCAGACCCUCAGCAGGAGACCCGCAGAACUUGAGAUAAAGAUUGCCCAGAACAUGCUGGUUCAAGUGCAGGAAUUCAGCCAACAUCUGCAGUCCAAGCAAGGGAUCCUCACCAGAAUGACAGAGAGUGUGAACAGGCUUACAGAGGGCCAGGAGUCACCAGAGCAUACAGAGAUUGGUCACCUGAGCAGCAACUGGCUGGAACUCUGUCAUCAAGUGAACAAGCUACUCCAUCAGCGACAGGAGGAUCUACAGAAGACCAGGGACUACCAUGACCAGAUCAGUGCUGUUGAGGUGAUCUUUGACAUGGUGUCCAGAGAGUGGGACAACCUGGCCAGGACUGAUGCUGAAAGCACAGCUGAACACUUAGAAGCACUGAAGAAACUUGCAGCUGUCCUUGAAAAGCAGAGGGGCACCCUUGAUGACUUGAAAGAGCACAGGCAAAAAGUGAUUCAACGCCUGAACUUAGAUGAUAAGGAGCUGGUAAAGGAGCAGAUAGGACACUUUGAGCAGCGCUGGGCUCAGCUGGAGAGUCUGAUUGAGAAGAAGAUCCAAGAUUCAGUGGUCACUUUGGAGGACAUGAGCCAGGUGGAGUCUAGGCUGAAAGAGGCUCGGGAGUGGGCUGAGGAGCAACAGCCAGCCUUAUCUGAAGCCAUGAAAAUGAGCCCCCCUCCAGACCUGGCUCAGAGCUUUCUGUUUGACCAUCUCAGUAUCUGCAGUGAGCUGGAAUCCAAACAGCUGCUCCUUGGUCAGGCCAUGACAGAUGCAGACAGAGUAAUGACUCACCUUGGACUGAAUGAACGCCAGAGGCUUCAGCAACUGAUCUCAGAAACCCAAACUGAGGUGGAGUCCCUGAGUGCAAAGGUUAUCCAGCGGCGAAAGUACCUGAGCAAAGCUUUCACUGAAAGGACACAGUUCCUCCUGGCUGUAAACCAAGCCAUCAGCUGGAUUCAACAAAAUGAGAAAAAGGCUGUAGCAGAAGAGCACAUAGCUCUCUUGCCUGAUGACCUGAGCAAGCAAGUUAGGACUUGCAGGAAUGUUCAGAGAAGCUUAAAAGCCUACCAGAGUGAGCUUACAUCCUUAUGGUCUCAGGGAAGGGAUCUGAUGAAAGAUGCCACUGAGGAUGAAAAGGCUGAAAUACUAACUAAGCUGCAGGAGUUGCAGAACAUUUUUGAGACUGCUCUUCAGAAGUGUACUCAAAGGCUGCUGGAGCUGGAGAAAGUGCUGGUGUCCAGAAAAUACUUCAGAGUGGAUCUGGAUAAAACUUGCCAGUGGUUGAAACAGGCCGACAUUGUAACAUUUCCUGAGAUUAACCUCAUGAAUGAAGACACAGAACUGUAUGUGCAACUCGACAAAUACCAGAAAAUAUUAGAGCAGGCUACUGAAUAUGAAAAUCUCCUUUUGAUUGUUCAGAGGACAGGUCAGGAAAUACUACCCACUCUUAAUGAAGUGGACCACUGUUACUUAGAUGAAAAGCUCAAUGCUCUCCCGCAGCAAUACAACAGCAUUUUAGCUUUGGCUAAAGAAAAGAGAGAGAAAAUUCAACAGGCCAUUCUGGGGCGCAAGGAAUAUGCUUCGUUUAUCGAAGUCACAAGUAGGGCAUUGAAAGAACUGGAGGAGCAAUUUUAUAAUAUAGGAAAACAUCCCAUUAGCCUUCAGCCUGGAGAUAUUGUGAAUUUGCAGGAUGAGUAUAAAGCUCUCCUCAAUGAUCUGAUGACCUUGGGCUCGGCUGUGAGUGAAUUGAAUCAGAAGAAAGAAGGUUUCCGCAGUACUGGUCAACCCUGGCUGCCAGAAGAAAUAUCUCGGCUUGUGAGCAUGUACACUGGACUCAAAAGGCGGACUGAGCAGAAAGUGAGUUCUUUAGAUGAAACCUUGGAAGCCUUCAAAGAACACGAAGCUAUGGCCGUGCAACUGGACACACAGCUGAAGGCCAUCAAAGAGGAGCUGGUCAAGGUUAAUGGAGAGACUCAUUUGGCUGAGGAAAAACUAAAAAACUAUCACACCCUGGCCUUCAGUCUUCAAGACGCUAGUUCCCUCCUGAAGAGAAUGGUAGAACAGCUGGAGAGCCUGUGUCCACAACUUGACCAAGCUGCCUAUCACUCCUCCAGUCAGCAGGCCAAUGCCUGGCGAGAGGAGCUGCAGUCCUUGCAGUCUGCCAUCGGGGAGAUGACAGGAGAGUGUGAGAGCAGGUUUGUGCAAAGCAAAGACUUCCAGACUGAGGUCAGACGAACAAUGGACUGGCUCCAUCAAGUCAGGGAGGAGAUGGAUGUUCCGGUCAGUCUGGUUGUAAAGGUGGAGAAGAUCCAAGAGGAGAUCCGAAAGCAGCAGAUUGUCCAGGAGGAGGUCCUGUCCAGGCUCCGGAUUAUGGCUGCCUUAAGCAGCAAAGAAAAGCAGAAAUACAGUAGUGCCAAUGAGCUUGUCCCAGCUGAUGUGGAUGCCAGUCUGGAGGAGCUGGCAAAGCUACAGACUGAUGUUCAGCAAACCCUGGCCACCAAGCAGGGGUCCCUCGAGAAGGCCCUUGCCUGUUGUCAGAGCUGCAACUCCUCAGUGCAGUUUGUUAGUGACUGGCUGGAGGAUGCCAGUGUUCUUCUACAGGAAGUCAGCUCUGGGCUCGAUGUAGAGAACAGUGAGGACUCCAUCAAGCAGCACAGUGAGUUCCUGGCCACAGAAAAGGACCUUCUUGGCCACCUCCAGGAGUUGGAGGCCUUACUGCCUCAGCUGGAAGGUUUUAUUACUGCUGCAGCUAAUGAGCAGCUGAGGCAGAGUGUGGCAUCCUUACAGCAGAGAGGCGAGGAGGUCAGAAAACAACUGCACUGUCACCAGGAUCUAUUGCACAGCUCUGCAUCCCAGUGGCAAGCCUACCACACCGCAAGACAGACUGUCAUUGAAUUAUUGAAUGAGGCUGAGAAGAAACUUACUGAAUUUUCUACAGCCAAGGCAGCCACAAGUGAAGAGGCUGAAGAAAAGCUCAAAAGUCACAAAACCCUGGUCGCCAUGGUGAGCGGGUUCCAUGAGAAGAUCACGGGCCUGGAGGAGCAGGCCUCCCGGCUGGAGCAGGUGGGCAACGACGCCAGCAAGGCUGCCAUCAGCCGCUCCAUGACCACGGUGUGGCAGCGCUGGACCCGGCUCCGCAGCGUGGCACGAGGCCAGGAGAGGGUCCUGGAGGACAGCGCUCAGGAAUGGAGAAGCUUCCGGGAUAAGAUGGAGAAGGCAACCAGCAUUGCGGAAGAGCUGCAGGCUCGUGUGCCGGACAGCUCUGUGGAGAAAGCCUCCAAAGCUGCCCUGCAGGGCCUCCUGGAGUACCACGACUCCUUCAGCCAGGAGGUAGAGCGUGAGCACUCGGCCCUCGCCCUGCUGCGCCAGUACGCCCUCAGCUUCCUUCGAGACGUGGCCGUCCCCGCGGCCCCGCAGGAAGAGCUGCCCAGCCUGCUGGAAAUUAAAGUCAUGCAGGACGGCUAUGAAAGCCUGCUGCAGCAGGUGAGGAAGAGCAGGAAGGUUGUGCUGCAGGAGCUGAAGGAACGGGAGGAGGUGGAGAAGGAGCUGAACCUGGUGAAGACCUGGAUGCAGGACGCGCGAGAGCUCCUGCUCAGCCCCUCGGGCGACGUGGAUGCCCUCCUCCAGGAGCUGGAGGUCCUGCAUGGAGAUGUGAUUGCCCACCGUCAGAAUGUGGAGAAGAUAGCCGAACAGCAGCAGACGAAGUAUCUAGAUCUGUACACCAUCCUCCCGUCGGAGAUCUCCGUGCAGCUGGCUGAAGUGACGUUGGCCUUGGGAGCCACUGAGGAUCAGGUACAAGCCAAAGAGAGAGAAAUACAGCAGACACGAGAUAUAAAGGAGGACUUCAGCUCAAGAAUUCAUGAGGUUUCAGAGAAGAUGAAGACCAUUUCUGUGAAACUUAAAGAAAAAGCAACAGAUCUUGCUCAAGCUAAAGAGGAAACAAAGUGCCUUUGUGAUGAGUUGGAGAGUUGUGGAAUUAAACUCCUUGAGUUGGAUGCGUCAGUGCAGGAGUUUGGGGAGCAAAAUCCCCUUUUGGGAAAACAACUGAAUGAUGCCAUAGGAAAACUCACUGAGAUUCAUCAUCACACUCAAAGACUGGCAGAUUACAAGACUGCUAAACUGAAGAAGGCGGCCACACAUUUAGAUGAGUAUAAUGAAAUGCUCGAUUUUAUCAUGAAGUGGGCAGAGAAAGCAAAGACGCUGGUGAAAAGCAGCGUGGUCUGGAGUUCAGCUUCACACCUCCACGACCAGAUAAGGACCUACCAGUCUGUACUGCGCGAGUCCAGAGAGAUCCACAGCGACCUGGAGGCCAUGGCAGAGAAGGCCGAGUAUCUGUCGGAAGUGCUGCACACGGAGGCCAUGACCCUGCAGGUGUCUGAGCUGAGCCGGCAGGCCGAGGAGCUGCAGCAGGCCAUCCGCACCCGCCUGCAGAACCUGCAGGACGCAGCCAAGGACAUGGAGAGAUUUGAGUGUGAAGUGAAAGCCCUGCAUGCGGCACUGGAACAGACCCAAAUCACCCUGACCUCACCUGAACUGGCCCGCUUGAGCCUGAAGGAGCAACUUGCCCAAAGACAGCGCUUGCUGACUGAGAUGGAGGGCUUCAAGCAGAAAGUCCAUGCAGUGCAGGUGUGUCAGAGUGCCCUGCGGAUCCCAGAGGAGGUGGUGACUAGCCUGCCUAUCUGUCAGACCGCGCUGGGGCUGCAGCAGGAGGCCAGUCAGCUGCAGCACACUGCCAUCCAGCAGUGUAACAUUCUGCAGGAGGCAGUGGUGCAGUACGAGCAGUAUGAGCUGGAGGUGAAGCACCUGCAGUGCCUGAUCGAGGAAGCUCACCGCGUCAUCCAGGACAGGCCCGUCUCCACCAGCAACAUCCAGGAGCUGCAGGCUCAGAUCCUUCACCAUGAGGAGCUAGCCCAGAAGAUUAAAGGUUACCAGGAGCAGAUCGCCUCCCUGAAUUCCAAAUGCAAGAUGCUGACAAUGAAAGCCAAGCAUGCCACAAUGCUGCUGACUGUCACAGAGGUGGAAGGGCUGUCAGAAGGCCUUGAUGAGCUGGAUGCUGAGGUCCUCUCCAAACACCCUGCUACUCACCCCUCUGUGGUGAUGAUGACCGCUGGUCGCUGCCACACACUCCUCUCACCUGUCACAGAGGAGUCUGGGGAAGAGGGAACCAACAGUGAGAUUUCCUCCCCACCUGCCUGUCGCUCCCCUUCACCUGUGGCUAACAAUGAUGCUUCCGUUAACCAGUUGCAGACAGCAGCUGGUAAGAUUCAGCCCAGCAAAGUGCCUCCGCCGGAGCUGUACGAGGCAGGACUGGAGUCUGCUGCUGUUGCCAAUCUGGACGACCUGCAGCGCUCAUGGGAGACCCUUAAGAAUGUGAUCAGUGAAAAGCAGAGGACUUUGUACGAAGCUCUCGAGCGACAGCAGAAGUACCAGGAUUCACUUCAAUCAAUCUCUACCAAGAUGGAAUCUGUUGAAGUCAAGCUCAAUGAAGCACUGAAGGAUGACAAGACUCCAGAGAGCCAGAUGGCUGCCCAUCAGGCCCUAAUGGACGAGAUCUUGAUGCUCCAGGAUGAGAUCAAUGAGUUGCAGACAUGCUUUGCUGAGGAGCUGGUGGCUGACAAUCUGGAUACGGAUACUGCUGACCAGCUGGCAAUGCAGUCCACGCUGACCGUGCUGGCUGAGAGGAUGGCCACCAUCCGCAUGAAGGCAUCAGGAAAGCGUCAGCUUCUUGAGGAACGGCUCAAUGAGCAGCUGGAGGAGCAGAGACAGGAGCAGGCCCUGCAGCGGUACCACAGCGAGGCAGAUGAGCUGGACCACUGGCUGCUCAGCACCCGGGCCUCUCUGACCACAGCUCUGCGGCCCAACCAGGAGACGAUGGACAUGGAGGAGCAGCUCACUGACUGCCAGAACAUGCUCCUGGAGAUUGAGCAGAAGGUGCUGUCCCUGUCGGAGCUGUCGGUGCACAGCGAGAGCCUGCUGCUGGAGGGGAAAGCGCACACCCGGGAUGAAGCCGAGCAGCUCGCCCUGAAGCUCCGCACGCUGAAGGCCAGCCUGCUGGAGCUGCAGAGGAUGCUGCAGGACAAGCAGAUCAACAUCCAAGCCACUGUUGUAUGGGAAGAGCUGAAAGCAUCUCAGAGACUGCAUCAGGGCUCUCUGCAGGAGAAGGAGGACAGUGAGCCGGACUCUGCCCUGUCUCAAAGCCCCAGUGUCCAGGAUUGGUUGAUCCAGGCCAGGACCACUCGCUCCCAGCAGUACCAGGACAGCAUCCAGCGGCAGAAGGAGCUGGAGGAGCAGCUGGCGGAGCAGAAGAAGCUCCUCCAGUCGGUGGCGAGUCGCGGGGAGGAGCUGCUUACCCAGCAAGCCACUCCCAACGGAGUCAGUGACAAGCCUAACGUGAUUGCCCAGGAGCUGGAUUUGGAAGGAGAAAGGCUUGUCGCAUUGGAGCAGAUGAGACUGAAGUGGGAAAGUCUCAACAAAGAACUCAACACCAAACAGCAGCUUCUGCAGGACACACUAGAGCAAGACCAUAGGCAGCCGGUCUAUAGCAGGCCCAGCAGAGUUUCGUCUGCAGGCCCGCUAUUCAAAGGAGACACACAGGCUCAGGACAAGUCAUCAGUCAAGUCUCUGUUCGGUGGUUUCAGCCAAGCCUUUGAAGAAGUCUCCUCUCAGAUGGUGGGAAUGGAGAAGCAGGGCUUACCUUUGGAGCAACAGCUCUACAGUGCGGCUUCUGCAACCUCAUCCUGGGUGGACGGGGUUGAAAACAGCCUCUUUGCCGGCCCUGUGCUUUUAGCUGAAGACACUGAAACACAGCUCAGCAAUCAGGAGGUGCUCGGCAAGGACAUUAAAGAAGUGACAGAGGAGGUGGACAGGAAUAAGGAGCUGUUCCAAGGAGUGGCGGGACUGUGUGACGAGAACCGGGAGGUGAUCGAGGACACACUCUGCUGCCUGCAGGAGCGUCUGGGCACAUUGGACCUGGUGGUCAGCCAGAGGAGCGAGCACAUGAAGGCUAGGCUGCAGGAGCUGACUGCCUUUCAGACGGAGUUGAAGCUGCUCUUCACUGCCCUGAGUGAGAGUAAAUACCAAAUUCUCCAGAAGUUGGCAGAUGCCCUAGACCGACCUGCUUCUAAACAAAUGGAGGCUAUUGCAGAAGCAGAGGAAGGUUUGAAAGAAUUUGAACAAAGUAUCACUGAGAUCAAAUCCAGAGGAGAAGAGUUACAAACUGACCAGGUUUCCACUCAAGAGCUUCUCAAGCUCCAGGAUGCCUAUGAGGAGCUGGUGCUGACUGUGGGCUCACGCCGCAGUGGGCUGAACCAGAAUCUAGCCCUGAAGGGCCAGUUUGAGCGGGCUCUCCAAGACCUGGCUGACCUGGUGGACACAGCUCAGGACAAGAUGGCGGCUGACCAGAAAAAAAUAGCCAGCUCUGUCGAGGAAGUCCAGAACCAUCUGGACAAACACAAGGAGUUUUUCCAGGGAUUGGAAUCCCAUAUGAUCCUGACACAGACAUUCUUCAGGAAAAUCAGCAGCUUUGCCUUGCCCAGGGAGUGUCAGUCCCUCAACGAGGUGCUGGCACAGGCUACAGGGGUGCUGAAACUCGCCCACAAGAGAGGGGUGGAGCUGGAGUAUAUCCUGGAGACAUGGACCCAUCUGGAAGAAGACUACCAGUCCCUGUACCGACAGCUGGAGGCAGUGGAGUGCAGCAUCCCCAGCGUGGGGCUGGUGGAAGAAACAGAGGAGAGACUCACAGAGAGGAUUGCACUGUAUCAGCGGCUGAAGACAAGUUUGACUGAGCACCAGCACCAGCUCUACCAGGUGCUGGAUGAUGGGAAGAGGCUUCUGAUGUCCGUGUGCUGUCCUGAUCUGGAGAGUCAGCUGACGCAGCUUGGAGAGCACUGGCUCAACAAUACCACUAAAGUCAACAAGGAGCUGCACAGAUUGGAAACAAUCCUGAAGCACUGGACAAGGUACCAGAAUGAGUCAGCUGAACUGGGUCAGUGGCUCCGGUCAGCUCUGGACCGUUUGGAGUUCUGGGCGACUCAAUCAGUUACAGUACCUCAAGAGCUAGAGACUGUUAGAGACCACCUUAAUGCUUUCCUGGAAUUCUCCAAAGAAGUGGACGCCAAGUCGUCUCUGAAGUCAUCGGUGCUGAGCACAGGGAACCAGCUGCAGCGGCUGAAGAAGGUGGAUACAGCGGGCUUGCGCUCGGCCCUGGCUCAGGUUGACACGCAGUGGGCCGAGCUGCUCACACGCAUCCCUGUGGUGCAGGAGAAGCUCCAUCAGCUGCAAAUGGAGAAGCUGCCAUCUCGCCAUGCUAUCACAGAACUGAUGAGCUGGAUCUCACAGAUGGAGAAAGUGAUUGAGGAAGAUGAGGAGAAGAUCAAAGGUGUAGUCGGAUCAGAGGCCAUUCAAGGGUACCUACAGAUGUAUAAGGGCUUUAAGAUUGAUAUCAACUGCAAACAGCUGACUGUGGAUUUUGUGAACCAGUCAGUCCUUCAGAUAAGCCAGGAUGUGGAGAGUAAGCGCAGUGAUAAAACUGACUUUGCAGAGAGACUUGGAGUGAUGAACAGGCGCUGGCAGAUCCUCCAGGGCCUGAUAACCGAGAAGAUCCAGCUGCUGGAGGGCUUGCUGGAGUCAUGGCUGGAGUACGAGAGCAGCGUGCAGAGCCUGAAGACCUGGUUUACUGCACAGGAGGAAAGACUGAAGAAGAAGCACAGGAUUGAAGAUGUGGCCUCUGUCCAAAAUGCACUGAAAGACUGCCAGGAGCUUGAGGAGAUGGUCAAGGAGAAGGAAAAGGAUGUUGAGAAAGUGGAAGAACGUGGCUGCUCUCUGAUACAGAAGACAAAAGAAGAAGCCUGUAAUGUUGUUAUGGAAACACUGCAAGGGCUCAAUCACAGCUGGGCUAAUCUGGAUCACCUGAUUGGACAGCUGAAGAUCAGUUUGAAGUCAGUGCUGGACCAGUGGAACUUGUACAAGAAAGCCUCAGAGGAGAUCCAUGGCUACCUGAUGGAGGGGAGGUACUCUGUGUCUCGGUUUCGCCUUCUCACUGGCUCUCUGGAGGCCGUCAACGUUCAAGUGGAAAACCUCCAGAAUCUUCAGGAGGAGCUGGAGAAGCAGGAGAGCAGCCUGAGGAAAUUUGGCUCUGUCACACACCAGCUGCUGAAGGAGUGCCACCCAUCUGUCGCAGACACUCUCAACAACUCUCUGAAGGAUGUGAACAUGAGAUGGAACUGCCUGCUGGAGGAGAUCGCAGAGCAGCUGAAGGCCAGCAGGGCCUUGCUGCAGCUGUGGCAGAGGUACAAGGAGGUGUACGGCCAGUGCUCUUCAGCUGUGCUGCGGCAGGAGGAGCACGCCAACGAGCUACUGAAAACGGCAACCAGCAAAGACAUUGCUGAUGAGGAGGUCUCCGCCUGGAUUCAGGACUGCAGUGAUGUGCUACAUGCUCAGAAAUCAGUCCAGGACUCCCUGCUGCUCCUCCACGAGCUGGGAGAGAGGCUGAAGCAGCAGGUGGACUCCUCAGCUGUGGCCGCUAUUCAUUCUGACCAUCUCUCCCUGUCACAACGCCUGGAUGUGGUAGAGCACGCCCUCUCCAGGCAACAGGGGGUACUGCAGGCUGGCGUUCAGGACUAUGAGAGUUUCAGCAGCCAGCUGGCCAACCUGGAGGGCUGGAUCCUAGAGGCUGAGGAAAUUCUGAAAGGACAGGAUCCCAGCCGCUCUUCUGACCUCUGCUUAAUUCAGAACAGGAUGGAGGAGCUCAAGAGGCAGAUGCUGAAGUUUAGCAGCAUGGCUCCUGACCUGGAGCGUCUGAAUGAGCUGGGUUACAGGCUGCCCCUUAAUGACAAGGAGAUCAAACGCAUGCAGAACCUGAACAGAACCUGGUCAAUGACUUCAGCCCAGACCACUGAAAGAUUCAGCAAACUGCAAGCUUUCCUGCUGCAGCACCAGACUUUCUUGGAGAAAUGUGAGACCUGGAUGGAGUUCCUGGUGCAGACUGAGGAGAAGCUGGCUGUAGACAUCUCUGGAAAUUACCAGAGCCUGCUAGAGCAACAGAGGGCACACGAGCUGUUCCAGGCAGAGAUGUUUAGCCGCCAGCAGAUCCUGCACUCCAUUAUCGGUGACGGACAGAGGCUCCUGGAACAGGGACAGGUGGACGACAGGGACGAGUUCAACUUGAAGCUGGCGCUGCUCAGUAACCAGUGGCAGGGAGUGAUCCGCCGGGCCCAGCAAAGGAGGGGCAUUAUUGACAGCCUGGUCCGGCAGUGGCAGCGCUACAGGGAGAUGGCGGAGAAGCUGCGGAAGUGGCUGGUCGAAGUGUCCCAGCAGGCCGAGAGCCGGCAGGAGGGAACAGCAGUGCCUCUGCAGCAGGCCAGAGCCAUGCUGGACCAAGUUCAGCUGAAGGAAAAGGUGCUCCAGCGCCAGCAGGGGAGCUACAUCUUGACAGUGGAGGCCGGACGGCAGCUCCUCCUGUCUGCAGACAGCAAGGCCGAGGCUGCACUGCACACGGAGCUCACUGAGAUUCAAGAGCGCUGGAAGAUGGCCAACAUCCGCCUGGAUGAGCAGAAGAGGGAACUGGCCACACUGCUCAAGGACUGGGAGAGGUGUGAGAAAGGGAUCGGGGGCUCCCUGGAGAAGCUCCGAGCCUUCAAGAAGAAACUCUCCCAGCCUCUGCCUGACCACCACGAUGAGCUGCACACGGAACAGAUCCGCUGCAAGGAGUUAGAGAACACCUUUGACGGGUGGACCGAGGACCUUGCUCACCUGUGUCUGCUGAAAGAGUCCCUGUCAAGCUACAUCAGUGCCGAUGACCUGUCAGUGCUGCAGGAGCGGAUUGAGUUGCUGCACCGGCAGUGGGAGGAGCUGUGCCACCAGCUCGCGCUACGCCGGCAGCAGGUGAGUGACAAGCUGAACGAGUGGGCAGUGUUCAACGAGAAGAACAAGGAGCUGUGCGAGUGGCUGACGCAGAUGGAGAGCAAAGUCUCUCAAAAUGGAGACAUCAGCAUCGAGGAGAUGAUUGAAAAACUCAGAAAGGACUACCAGGAGGAAAUCUCUGUAGCCCAAGAAAACAAGACCCAGCUUCAUCUGAUGGGUGAGCGGCUUGCCAAGGCCAGUCAUGAGAGCAAAGCAUCAGAGAUCGAGUACAAGCUCAGCAAAGUCAAUGAACGCUGGCAGCACCUUCUGGACCUCAUUGGAGCAAGGGUGAAGAAGCUGAGGGAGACUCUGGUCGCUGUUCAGCAGCUGGAUAAGAACAUGAGCAGCCUGAGGUCCUGGCUGUCCCACAUCGAGACGGAGCUCGCCAAGCCCAUUGUCUACGAGACCUGCAACUCCCAGGAAAUUCAGAAGAAGCUCUCUCAACAGCAGGAUCUCCAGAGAGAUAUUGAGAAGCACAGCACCGGCGUGGCGUCGGUGCUGAACCUGUGUGAAGUGUUGCUGCAUGACUGCGAUGCCUGCGCCACCGAGACCGAGUGCGACUCCAUCCAGCAGGCCACCCGCAACCUGGACCGCCGAUGGAGAAACAUCUGCGCCAUGUCCAUGGAGCGGAGACUCAAGAUCGAAGAGACCUGGAGGCUGUGGCAGAAGUUCCUGGAUGACUUCUCGCGUUUUGAAGACUGGUUGAAAACAUCAGAGAGAACAGCUGCCUUCCCCAACUCAUCUGGAGUGCUUUACACAGUGGCCAAAGAGGAGCUCAAGAAGUUUGAGGCGUUCCAGCGCCAAGUCCACGAGAGCCUGACCCAGCUGGAGCUCAUCAACAAGCAGUACCGGCGGCUGGCGCGGGAGAACCGCACGGACUCGUCUUGCCACCUCAAGGAGAUGGUCCACAACGGCAACCAGAGAUGGGACAACCUGCAGAAGAGAGUGUCCUCCAUCCUGCGUAGACUGAAGCACUUUAUCAGCCAGAGAGAAGAGUUUGAGACAGCCAGGGAUAGUAUCCUGGUGUGGCUGACAGAAAUGGACCUGCAGCUGACCAACAUUGAACACUUUUCUGAGUGCGAUGUGCAGGCGAAGAUAAAGCAGCUCAAGGACUUCCAGCAGGAGAUCACCCUCAACACUGGCAAGAUUGAGCAAAUCUUCCACCAGGGGGAGGCUCUCAUUGAGAAGAGCGAGCCACUGGAUGCUGCCGUCAUUGAGGAGGAGCUGGAGGAGCUGCACAGAUACUGUCAGGAAGUGUUUGGCCGGGUUGACCGCUACUACAGGAAGCUCAUCCGCCUUCCGCUGACCGAUGAUGAGCACGACGUGUCUGACAGGGAGCUCGACCUGGAGGAGGCGCUAGAACUCUCCAGCCUGCCCUGGAGCGACCGGGCAGGGGACAGUCUGCUGUCGCCACAACCCUCCUCAGGCCAUUCCGCCUCCCUGGUUCCCCCGCUGCGGACCGAGCGCUCGGGCCGGGACACCCCCGCCAGCGUGGACUCCAUCCCCCUGGAGUGGGACCACGACUACGACCUGAGCCGCGGCUUGGAGACCAUGACCAGGGCCUUGGCACCCGAGCAGGACGAUGAUUCCCAGGACGCGGAUGAGCACGGCAAGGAGUUCCACCUCCAAGGAGCUUCUGCCGUCACAGAUGUAGUGAUUCCUGAGAGCCCAGAGGCCUAUGUAAAACUGACCGAAAAUACACUGAGGUCAACCUCUGGUGAGGCGGGAUCCCUAGAAACACACAUCAGGCAGCUGGACAAGGCCCUGGACACCAGUCGCUUCCACCUGCAGCAGACGGAGAACAUCAUCCGCAGCAGAACUCCUACCGGCCCGGAGCUGGACUCUACAUACAUGGGAUACAUGAGGCUGUUGAGCGAGUGCCGGGGUAGCAUUGACACGGUGAAGCGGGUUGGAUCUGUCCUGAAAGAGGAAGAGGACAAGCUGUCAGGGCUUAUUAAUCUCAACAGCACAGAAACGCAGACCUCAGGUGUGAUUGAGCGCUGGGAGCUGAUUCAGGCCCAGGCUCUCAGCAAAGAGCUGCGAAUGAAGCAGAAUCUCCAGCAGUGGCAGCAGUUCAACUCUGACCUGAACAGCAUCUGGGACUGGCUGGGGGAGACAGAGGAACAGCUGGAGCAGCUGCGGCAGCUGGACCUCAGCACAGACAUCCAAACCAUCGAGCUCCGCAUCAAGAAGCUCAAGGAGCUCCAGAAGGCCAUGGACAACCGCAAAGCCAUCGUGCUGUCCAUCAACCUGUGCAGCUCGGAGUUUGUGCAGUCGGAGACAGAGGAAGCGCAGGAGCUGCGGGCGCGGCUGAGCCAGAUGAACAAGCGCUGGGACCACAUUGGCACAGCCAUCGAGGACUGGCGCGGCUCGCUGCAGGAUGCUCUCAUGCAGUGCCAUGAUUUCCAUGAAAUGAGCCAUGGACUCCUGCUAUGGCUGGAGAACAUUGACAGAAGAAGAAACGAAAUCGUUCCCCUUGAUUCUACCCUGGAUACAGACACUCUCCAGGACCACCACAAAACUCUUAUGCAAAUUCGGCGGGAGCUGCUGGAGUCCCAGCUGAAGGUGGCCUCGCUGCAGGACAUGUCCAGCCAGCUGCUGGUUAACGCCCAGGGGACCGACUGCCUGGAGGCCAAGGAGAAGGUGCACGUCAUUGGGAACCGCCUCAAGCUGCUACUCCAGGCAGUCACAAGAGACAUUAGGGAGCUGGAGAAGAUUCUGGACAUCACAAGCAGCCAGCAAGACCUGUCAUCUUGGUCUUCAGCUGAUGAACUAGAUACCUCUGGGUCUCUGAGUCCUGUCUCAGGAAGGAGCACCCCGAGUCGACGUCGAUCGCCACGGGGCAAAUGUAGUCUCUCACAGCCUGGACCCUCUGUCAGCAGUCCACACAGCAGGUCUCACAGAAGAGGUGGGUUAGGUUCUUCCCGUUCUGAGGCGCCACGCUCUCAGUCCUUCUUCCUGCGCGUCCUGAGGGCCGCCCUGCCGCUGCAGCUCCUCCUGCUCCUCCUGAUCGGCUUGGCCUGCCUGGUGCCCAUGACGGAGGAAGACUACAGCUGCACCCUCUCCAAUAACUUCGCUAGGUCCUUCCAUCCCAUGUUGAGAUACACCAAUGGGCCUCCUCCAAUAUGAACCCACGUGUGAAAAAGACUGAAGGAGUUUUUUUUAUUACUUUACCGUUAAAUAGUAUCAUUGUCAUCUUUUUUUUUUAUAUUAUCAUUUUUAUCGAGACACCUGUGUUGGUAGUCCGGGUUGUUUGUGCUGUGUCCCAGACAGGUAAAUACAGCUGCUAUUUUUGUUACUCAAGUCGGCAUUGAUCUUUGGAUGUAGCAUAAGACACAGAAAGAAAAGAAUGAGCCUAUAUCCUCUUGGACCUGAAAGACAAAUAUUUAAUAAUGUCUGACUGUAUCCAAUAAUACAUGGGUCGAUUUCAAAAUCUAGAAUAAUAAUGUGGCCACUCUGUGUAAGGUACAGCUCUAGUUUUGCUGCAUGGUCCAGGUGUGUUUUAAACCUUUAUAAGUCAAAAACAGUAUUGUUAUUUCAGUGUUUUAAGUAGAACAAAACGCCUGUGACCUCACCAAAAAAAGCUGAAUGAUUUGUAAAAUAACAUUUUAAAUAGCUUAUAUGGCAAUUAUUUUUUUACAUUUAUUUUUUUGGCAUGCUGUUAUAAUCUUUGCUUCUGAAAAUCCAGUCAAAGAUAGUCAAGUGAAGAGUAUGUAAAUGUGAAAGGCACUUUUUAAAUAUGAUGAUAACUGGAUGUAAGAAAUAAGAUCCCCGGGGUGUUUAGUGAGAUGAUGUAAAGCAAAUUAAAUAAUGAAUAAGGGUAUUUAUGUAUGUACAGUUUGCUAAAGCUGACUUUUUUUAAAAGAAAUUCUUUUGCUUUUAAUACACAUACAAUAUGAAAUACUUUUUGGUGGUGUUUAUUUAUUUUGGAGUGCUAUUGCUAAAAAUUGUCAGGUAGACAUGUGAGGAACACUUUCUAUACAUUUAUUUACAUAAAAGGCAAGAUUUGUGAAUACACCCAACCUUAUAUAGGUUGACUGCAUUGAGAAGACUUCUUUUUUUAAUGUCUGAAAAAAAUACCAAGCCUUCCUAUAUAAAAUGAAAACACCAUUGUUCUGCCAGUAUGAAUUAACAGUAGGGUAGAAUGGUAGAGCCUAGUGUAUACUGAAAACAAACGUUCAUAGUGUGUUUUUAAUAUUUCCAAUUACUACGGAGAAGGUAGUGUACACAAUGCAACUGUAAUGAAUAAUUUAUAAUUCAGGAAAAUUAUCCCAAAUCAUGUGAUGUAUUUAAUGUCAUACUUUAAAAGGAUGAUGUUGAAUGUAUGGUAUGCCUGUGACAUCAGAAUCCUCAGGAUGAGACAGGGUUAUUGCGUUGUUUUCCCAAAAAAACAAUACCACCAAGUUUUCAUGGGCAGCCAUGUUUUUUUAUACUUUCUGUGUGUAUGUUCAGUAACCCUCAAAAACUGUAAAUCUGGACUAAUAUAAGUCAAACACUUGAAGUCA